CACACCUUGUUAAUGUUUACAUGUCCUGGCAGAGGAGAGAGCGGGUCCCUGCGGCCGGUGCUGCGUCUGAGUGCAGGUGCAAUUUCAACAUUCAGCCACAAGAUGGCAGCAGCAGGGAGCAGGGCCACAGCGGGACCUUGGCCCGUCCUGAUGGAUCUCAGUGCAGACUCUGGGACGCUCCUCACUCAUAUCUCUCGAGGGGACCCUGAUGUGGAGCGGGAGCCGUCUGCAUUCAACGCCGCCCGUCAAACAGAAAGCGUCUCACUUCAUUUGCUGGAGUUUAGAAUCUGUCUUCUUGAGGCUGUGGAGGAGCUGCAUAUUCGAAGGGGCGCAGAAACACGCCUUGAAGAUCAGAUCAGUAAACUGGUAGUGGAGAAACAGGAGCUGGAGUGGCAGAAGGAAUCCCUGCAACAUCAAAUUGAAAUGCUGACAAACCAGCACACAGAGUCACUCACCGGUGUUAAGAAGCAGUUUCAGGCCAAAAUAAAAGCCAUCGAGGAGGAAAAGGGAAAGCACCAGCUCAGUGCUGAGUUAAAAGACAAGGAGAUUAACAGCCUGAAAGAGGAGCUGAAGUCACUGCAGCUGUUCAAGUACAGUUUGGAGAAGAAAUCAAGUGAGCUGGAGCAGAAACUGGCCUUGCAGAGCCGCUUAAAGGACAGCCACUUGAAACAGCUGGGGGAGGUGGAGAAACGCUUCAGCGCUCUGUGCAGGAAGUGCGCCGUGCUCAAACAGGCCCACGACAAACUGGAGCAGAAUGUUGCUGAGGCCAUGAGAGUCAACACGCAACUGAAUUCAACAAAUAAGAAGCAAGAAACAGCCAUCAGCUCCCUAAAGCAGGAGGCAGAGGAACUGAAUAACCAGGUGAUGAAGGCCAAGGUGUUGAGAUCUGGACUUUGUGAGGCCACUGAUCAUUCAGCCACAGAGCAGCACGUACAGCAGCUGCAGCACAGGCUGCUUAUGGAAACUGAACUGACCAGAAAAGUCAUGGAUGAGAACGCAGCUGAACGAACUGGAAAGCAGAAGGUGGUGAGGUCUCUGCAGCAUGCUCAGCUCCUGUUGUUGAGCCAGACUCAGUUAGUGAGCAGAGUGGAGCAGGAGCUGCACACACAGAAACAGGAGAACCUGGCCCUUAAGCGAGAACAUGAGGUGAUGCGAGAGAAAAGCAAGGCAGCAGAAGACAAGCUGGCCCAGCUGAUGGAGGACUACGCCACCUCCAAGACCAUUUGGGACAAAGAGAAGCGAGACCUUCGAGCAGUGACGGAGGCGUACGACCAGCUCCGGCAGAAACACACUGAGUUGUCUUCACAGGCCGCACUGCAGGCACAGUACACACAAGAACUGGAGACAAGAGGCUACAGUCACAGCCGCAGUGUUUCUGACCUGCUGUCCCCGUCUGCAGUACAGAGAACCAGAGGAGAGGGACUUCUUAAUGAGGCCGACACCAGCUCUGAGCUGCCUGUCCCUGGCAGUUUGCAGAGUUUGGCCCCUGCCCAGACCAGAGACCCAGACGGUCUGCUGGUCACAGAGGCUGUGGAUAAGCUCGUUACCAGUGGAGCAACGGGAGGACCAGAAACCUCAAUCCACUGUCAGGAACCACAAUGUAAACAAUCUCCACCUCCUUCAAACCUGGUGACCACUCCGUCUACCACCAGUCUGUUCAGUCCCCAAACUCUGUGCGGAGCAACAGGCAACAAGAUCAACAGUUUGCCCACAUACCUGCCCAUCUCUAACACAAGUGAGAAUGAUCGUGCACUGGUUUCAGAUUUGACUAACACCGUGUCUGAUGGUGCCUCAAGAAUGGGUGUGUUUAUGAAGCUGCAGACGCACUGA